AUGGAACCUCCACCACGUCGCACGGGGUUGCGAUCUCCUGUACCUCCUGCUUCUGUGUCUCCGAAUCCCUCGUCUCGUCCACAGUCAAAACAAAGCGACCGACCGCGUUCAAGUGGGAGUGAAUCUUCGGGGUCGUCGAGCCUGUCUGUCGUAAAGAGAUCUCCAUACAACCACCAGUUACCCUCCUUUGUGUCACACAAUAACACCAGCAAUGUCUCGCUGUCGCACACCAGGCCAUCGGCACAAUACCUUCCGCGAGACGGCGCAAGGCCAAAUCCGCCCUCAGACAUUCAUAGACAUCGUCCACGACAGCAUUCCCAAGGAUAUUUUGAGCCUUCGAUGCCCUCUGCGUCUCUGGCAAGUCAGUCUGUCCUACAUGAACACUCGGCGAUGUCGACCCUCACGCCUUCCCAGAUCGCCGCACAAGCCGCGAUGCAGCAUCUCAAUGCUGUCAAUCACAACCGCAAAAGGUCUCAAACUGUCCCCUUUCCACAAGAGCAAAGUCACCAAGAAAGCCGUCGAAGCAGUAAGGGUUCAAAUGGCUCACACGAAGGACAACCGCAAACAUCCCCUCACGAUCAGCAGUACCGGAAUGGUCUCAUCGGGAACAAUGCGGCGGCAACAGCGGCGAGCGUAGCCUUCCCUAGGAACGCCGCCUCCUCCAGUCAGGUCUCGUUGGUCGAAGAGGAAAAAUCUAGAAAAGGCCUGAAACGGUUCAAGCCGAAGCAUAUGGUGCUAUCGAGAGAUAAAGACAAAGAACCAAAAGAAAAGGCCUUACCAUCACCAAGCAAGCUGGCGCCAAGUGGAUUAUCCAAGGUCAUGAAUGCCUCGACAGUGAGUCUCACCGAAUCAUUAUCCUCUACAAAUUCUUCAAUAUAUCAACACGCCAACCCAUCGUCAAGUACGAUUGUUCCCAUCCCCGAACAAAAGGACAAGUCGCAUAAACACCACGGCUUGCGGCAGAAGUUGAAGUUGAAAGACAAGGAUGACAGUUAUGCCCUUCCUCUUUCCUCAGCAAACUCCAACUCCAGACCAGUCGACAUCAACAAUCCCCAGUCACUGUAUUCUUUUGCCCCGUCUUCCCCUGCUCCAUCCUCGACCUUCGCCAAGUCUGUGUCAGGGCUUGAUCUACGCCAUGGCGGCCGUGCAUUGCGCGAGAAGAAAAAAGAGGAGAAGGCGGCAUUUGCCAACCUUGAGACGGUGUACAGUCGAGGUGAAAGCGACACGUCCGAGUGGCCGUCACUAGGGACCAGCUAUACUAAUCAGUCCAUUACCAAUUUUAGUACUUAUGCCGAGGUCAAAGAAGCCGGAGCCGACCUUGGGUUGAAGAACAUGUCUGCGGAUGAUGCCUGGGACGCCUUGAGGGCAAAAAUUCUUAUCGUCUUUGAGGGAGAAGAUGUCCCGGUUCCGGUAGAAAACCUGAACAAGCUGGUAACUUUCCAUGUUCAGCGAUGUGUUCAACGAAGAGAUCCUAGCAUCGUCAUCGGAGAUUUGGAGGAUUUGUUAAAAACUGGCUUCCACAGCCUCAAUCACACGCUGCGCCAGGUUUCUGAUGAGAGACUUGUGUCGAGUCUUGUUGGUAUGUGGAUUCAGGUGUUUGGCAUGAUUCUGCCAUACAUGCAAGCCGUCUUUCUCCCUCUCGACCAAGAAUUCAAGGGCCGAGGCAGCAUCCUCACCAGUCCUAAGAUGGCCGCCGAGUUCUGGGGCGCUCUUCCCAGCGCAGAGUCGGGAAGUAAGCUGUCCUCAUCCCCAGCUUCUGGUAGCGGUAUGGACUUUGUGGUUGCUGCCGGAGAGGAGUUGGAGGUCAGGCGCAUCCUCUUAAUUUCAUUCCGAGACAUCGUCAUUCUUCCGAGGUUUGAAGUUUUGAAAGCCACUUUUUCAAGAUUGAGCCUGGAAAGCAUCAAUGUUAGCUUGGCUCAGUAUGACAACCCCACAAGACUUCGAGGAAACAGUGGAGGAAGUGACCGGCCUGCCACGGCUCAUAGCACCGAGCCCAUGUACGGGAGCUACAAUUCUCAGACCAGUACCCUGCUAGGCAGCUCUACCUCGGGGGGAAGAUCCCGUGCGACUUCCAAUCUGUCCGUGACCAGCAACCCUGCACAGGAUGUUGCUUUCCAAUCCUUCAGCUCCCCACCAGCGGCAAGACCUUCAGAUACUUCUUCAGCACACGUGACGGAAACCGUUGGUCGCAUGCUACAGUGCCUCUCCGUCCUCUGCUCGGUACAAUCUGGUGAUGACGCUCAGGGCAAGAUGGAAGAGCUGAACAGACAGCUGAAACUGAAUUGGCUUGGCCGUGGUCGGACGGGCCGAAAUAGGAAGGGCUUCGUCGGAAGCAGAGUCAGACCCAUGGUCAACGGAGGAACUACCAUGCGAAUCUUGGAUCGUGAUGGAAGUCCGACACCAACGCCUACUCGGCAAGGGACUGUCAGUAGGCAGGGUUAUGAUCACAAGGGAUAG